UGCUACAGUUGUUUACAAAUAUUGCCAAAAGAACGAAAAUAUCUUUUAUUCGCGUCCCGUUUGCUUACGCGUCGAGUGAUAACAAUUUAACCAAUUUGCUAACACCAUCGCUCUACCUUGUUCGCGUGUGUGCUCCGUGUUGAGUAAUCUAUCCUCUCCAUCCAAUCUCGCACACCUGCCAAUUUCUGGCUUGCUUGCCAAUCAACACCACAGCGACUAGGGAAAGUUUCGAGCGUUUCCACGCGUGAAUGAAACGGCUGCUAGCGGUGCUUAUCGAUCAUCGACUGUUGAAAAACUUUAGCCGUUGCUUCUACCGGGGCCUGCCGCAGAGCAAACAUGUCCCGGCGGGCCACUGGCCGAUAGCGAACAGUAUGGACGGCAGCACUAAUGGCAGUUCGGCAACGCCAACACGCAACAAGCAGCGGACGAUGCGCAACCUGCACCAAAAUGGCCAGUACAGCGCGCAUCGACGGUGGGAAACGGUUGCCAGUGGUGGGGGUGGUAACAGCCGAAACGGCUCCUCUUCCACUUCCGGUCCCCGGGAUCGGUUCGAGUUUACGCUCAUGAACUACAACAUACUGGCGCAGGACCUGCUCGACUCGCACGCCGCCCUGUACGGGGAGCACGAUCCGGAAGGGCUUCCGUGGGAGCUGCGCUGCAAGCGGCUGCUGGCCGAGAUCAACACAAUCAACCCGGACAUCCUGUGCCUGCAGGAGCUGCAGGAAACGCACGCGGAAUCGUUUUGCAGCGGGCUGCCACAACACUACGCGAUGCUGUACAAAAAACGCACGGGAAAUGACAAAACCGACGGCUGUGCGCUGUUCUAUCGGCGCGAUCUGUUCGAGCUGGUGACGCACCACAAGGUGGAGUUUUACCAGCCGAAAGUGAAUAAACUGAACAGGGAAAAUGUAGCGAUUAUAGCAAAGCUAGCGCUGAAAGCGAACCCACGAGCGAAGCUCGUCAUCUCAACGACGCACCUGCUGUACAACCCGCGUCGGCAGGACGUCCGGCUGGCGCAGGUGCAGGUGCUGCUGGCCGAGCUGGACCGGCUGGCGUUCAGUGGCACGAUGCCGAACGGUAUACCCCGGUACGAGCCGGUCAUACUCUGUGGCGACUUCAAUCUGCAACCCUUCACUGCACCGUACGAGCUGCUAACGAAAGGGUUCCUGCGGUACGAUCGGCUCGAUUCGCGGUCGCUCCAGCCGGCCAACUCCUGGCACGGACAUGUCGAGCAGGUGGGCAAGUAUUUCCUACCGCCCGCGCUCGGCAUUACCGACAAAUGUCAGCACACGACACUGCGCGACCGGGAAAAGGAGCACCGGGACGAGGUGCCACCUUCCCACCUGACAAAGCUCUAUCACUCAAACCAUGAAAAGGAGGACGGUGAGCCGAGCGGGAACGGCUCACCCUCCAAGGAGCGGUCCUCCUCGCGCAGUGAAUUCUCCUCCGGUGCACUCACCCAUCAGUUCGUGUUUAGCUCCGCUUACCGCCAUUACGGGCCGGAUUGUGCGCAGGACCGGCGGCAGGCGACCACCUUUCAGGACGAAUGGAUCACGGUCGACUAUCUGUUCUACACGCCGUACCGUUCGGUGGCCGAGUGUACCCGCCAGCUGCCGAACUGGAACCUGGAGCUGCUGCAAACGUACUCGCUGCCGACGGUGCAGCAGUGCGGCCGGGAGAUCGGGUACAUACCGAACAGGCAGUACGGGUCCGAUCACUUUUCGCUCGCCGGUCGCUUUCUGCUGACCGUGCCGCGGGAAGACCAGUGAGCGGCGUCACACGCGUGUAGGUUUUGUUUGAAUGUUUGUGCCGGGUGUGCGUGAAAUAGAACUUGUCUGAUUUA